AGAAGAAGAUAGCGGAAGCGGUAGUCUGCUCUCUGAACACAUCCAUGGCUCCCAGCGUGUGUGGACUUGAAUGAAUCAGUCAGGGUCGCUAACAAAGUCACAAUGUUUUCAGUGAAUCUCCUGCGCAGGUUACGGCCCUGCGGAGUCUCUCAGUCCUUCUGUAACCUGACAGCCUCGCGACAUGUGGCGCAGUUUAUUGACGUGUCCUGUGUGAGAGGAGGACAGCGGCUCCAUGCAGGCAGAAGGUCGUUCCUCAACAACAGCCUCAAGGUGCAGUCCCUCUGUCCGUCCACCCGCUGUCUCUCCACAGCGCCCCACUCUGAGGAUGGGAACCUCAUUUACACUGGCAGCCUGGGCUUAGCUGUCAGAGGAGUGAAGUUUUUCUCUUACAGCACCAGUGCAGCUAGCCUCGCCAUCAUGCCCCAGAUCCUCCUGAAGACCGGGAUAGGAGUCCAGAGCGUCAUCUUGAAGGCGGCUUUCUGCGGACUCAUUGGAUUCUUUACCUUCCUCACUCCUGUGCUCCUCCACUUCGUCACCAAGGGCUACGUGAUCCGCCUGUACCACAACCCGCACACAGACACCUACACCGCCAUCACCUACAAUGUCUUGCUCAUGGAGAAAAAGACUGUGUUCCAGCAGAGGCAGGUCAGGAUCCCUGCCGUCAGUAAGAUGUUCACCACGUUCUACGCCGACAGAGUGGGGCUGCUGGUGAACCCGGACAUGUUUGCUCUGCCGCAUGACUACAACCACCUGAUGGGCUACGAUAAGCCCUUCAGCUUCAGCACAGAUGACGUGGACACACCUGAUAAGAGCUGAACCACUGACUGCGCACAGGCUGAAAGUUAUAUUAGUACUAUAUUAAAACUUCAAACCCCCAUAGAGGACUUGUGUUCAUAAUUAGAUUUCCAGGUUUUUUGUCAAUAUUUUUAAGGAUCUUUCAUGUAAUAAAUUGUAACAUCAUCAUGA